AUGCCGUUGCAUGAGCCGUUGCAGGGUGGAUUGAAAUGCCGCAUUUGCAGGGUGGUCAGAAGUAAGAAGCAUAGUAAGCCGUUGCAUGAGCCGUUGCAGGGUGGAUUGAAAUGCCGCAUUUGCAGGGUGGUCAGAAGUAAGAAGCAUAGUAAGCCGUUGCAUGAGCCGUUGCAGGGUGGAUUGAAAUGCCGCAUUUGCAGGGUGGUCAGAAGUAAGAAGCUUAGUAAGCCGUUGCAUGAGCCGUUGCAGGGUGGAUUGAAAUGCCGCAUUUGCAGGGUGGUCAGAAGUAAGAAGCUUAGUAAGCCGUUGCAUGAGCCGUUGCAGGGUGGAUUGAAAUGCCGCAUUUGCAGGGUGGUCAGAAGUAAGAAGCAUAGUAAGCCGUUGCAUGAGCCGUUGCAGGGUGGAUUGAAAUGCCGCAUUUGCAGGGUGGUCAGAAGUAAGAAGCAUAGUAAGCCGUUGCAUGAGCCGUUGCAGGGUGGAUUGAAAUGCCGCAUUUGCAGGGUGGUCAGAAGUAAGAAGCAUAGUAAGCCGUUGCAUGAGCCGUUGCAGGGUGGAUUGAAAUGCCGCAUUUGCAGGGUGGUCAGAAGUAAGAAGCAUAGUAAGCCGUUGCAUGAGCCGUUGCAGGGUGGAUUGAAAUACCGCAUUUGCAGGGUGGUCAGAAGUAAGAAGCAUAGUAAGCCGUUGCAUGAGCCGUUGCAGGGUGGAUUGAAAUGCCGCAUUUGCAGGGUGGUCAGAAGUAAGAAGCAUAGUAAGCCGUUGCAUGAGCCGUUGCAGGGUGGAUUGAAAUGCCGCAUUUGCAGGGUGGUCAGAAGUAAGAAGCUUAGUAAGCCGUUGCAUGAGCCGUUGCAGGGUGGAUUGAAAUGCCGCAUUUGCAGGGUGGUCAGAAGUAAGAAGCAUAGUAAGCCGUUGCAUGAGCCGUUGCAGGGUGGAUUGAAAUGCCGCAUUUGCAGGGUGGUCAGAAGUAAGAAGCAUAGUAAGCCGUUGCAUGAGCCGUUGCAGGGUGGAUUGAAAUGCCGCAUUUGCAGGGUGGUCAGAAGUAAGAAGCAUAGUAAGCCGUUGCAUGAGCCGUUGCAGGGUGGAUUGAAAUGCCGCAUUUGCAGGGUGGUCAGAAGUAAGAAGCAUAGUAAGCCGUUGCAUGAGCCGUUGCAGGGUGGAUUGAAAUGCCGCAUUUGCAGGGUGGUCAGAAGUAAGAAGCAUAGUAAGCCGUUGCAUGAGCCGUUGCAGGGUGGAUUGAAAUGCCGCAUUUGCAGGGUGGUCAGAAGUAAGAAGCUUAGUAAGCCGUUGCAUGAGCCGGUCAGUAUAGCUUUAUUUUCAGGAAACUUAAAGUUUUCAUCUGGGUUUGGAAUUGAAGAAGACUGA